GGGGAAGCGGAAGCGGGCGGUGCUUCGGUGACUGGGGAAAUGUCAGCUGCUUGACUGGGGUCGGGGUUUCCUUUCUCGGGGACCCCUCGACCUUUUGGUGACUGCCACCGCUGUCGCCAAGGAGUGUGGGUCCCAAACCCUGUAAGGCUGUGGCGGCCGCGGGGUUUCCAGGCCCUUCUGGACGCUGUCCGGCGAGAUCGGACGGUGAGCCGGAGGAGGAGAGCGUGAGGCACUUUGAGGUGUGGGGCCGAGCGCGGACUGAGAGAGGGCCCCGGAGACUGCGAGAGGCCGCCGUCUCGGGGCCUACGUCCCAGGCAGCUGAGUGGAGGCAGGGGCACGCCCUGCCGGCCAGAAAUGAUCCAGGUCUAUAUGUGAAUUAUUUUGGUGAAUGAGAGGAAACAUUGAAUAAUGAGUGGUGCAGCUCUGGGACUCGAGAUUGUUUUUGUCUUUUUCCUGGCGUUAUUCCUACUUCAUCGGUAUGGAGACUUCAAGAAGCAGCAUAGACUUGUCAUUGUUGGAACACUGCUAGCUUGGUAUCUCUGCUUCCUGAUUGUCUUCAUACUCCCUCUGGAUGUUAGUACGACAAUAUACAACCGGUGCAAACAUGCUGCUGCAAACUCAAGCCCUCCUGAGGGUAGCAACAUGACAGGAUUGUAUGCAACUGCUACCCCAGUCCCAAGCCAACAUCCGUGUUUCAAGCCAUGGAGUUACAUUCCUGAUGGAAUCAUGCCAAUUUUCUGGAGGGUAGUAUAUUGGACUUCACAAUUUUUAACAUGGAUUCUGUUACCUUUCAUGCAGUCAUAUGCAAGAUCAGGAGGGUUUUCCAUCACUGGGAAGAUCAAAACUGCACUAAUAGAGAAUGCAAUCUAUUAUGGCACCUAUUUGCUGAUUUUUGGAGCAUUUUUAAUUUAUGUAGCUGUCAACCCACACUUGCACCUAGAAUGGAACCAGCUUCAGACAAUUGGGAUAGCAGCUGCUAAUACAUGGGGUCUGUUUCUUCUUGUGUUGUUGUUGGGGUAUGGCUUGGUAGAAAUUCCUCGGUCAUACUGGAAUGGCGCAAAAAGAGGUUAUCUACUCAUGAAAACUUAUUUUAAGGCAGCCAAAUUGAUGACAGAGAAAGCAGAUGCAGAAGAGACUUUAGAAGAUGUCAUGGAGGAAGUUCGUAAAGUGAAUGAGAGCAUCAAAUAUAACCACCCACUGAGAAAAUGUGUUGACACAAUACUUAAAAAGUGUCCUAUAGAGUAUCAGGAAAAAAUGGGCAGGAACAUGGAUGAUUAUGAAGAUUUUGAUGAAAAGCAUAAUACCUACCCAAGUGAAAAAAGUCUGGUAAAACUACAUAAACAGGUGAUUUAUUCAGUUCAGCGACAUCGUCGAACUCAAGUACAAUGGCAGAUUCUUUUGGAACAAGCGUUUUAUCUAGAAGAUGUAGCAAAAAAUGAAACAAGUGCUACUUGUCAGUUUGUUCAUACCUUUCAAUCGCCAGAGCCAGAAAAUAGAUUUAUUCAAUAUUUUUAUAAUCCUACAAUUGAGUGGUACUGGGAAUGUCUUUUGCGACCCUGGUUUUAUCGGGUACUUGCUGUGGUGUUGUCCAUAUUCUCUGUGAUAGUUGUGUGGUCAGAGUGCACAUUCUUUAGCACUAGACCUGUCUUAUCCCUCUUUGCAGUCUUCAUACAGCUGGCUGAAAAAACAUACAAUUAUAUUUAUAUCGAGAUUGCUUGUUUUCUUUCCAUCUUCUUCCUCAGUAUCUGUGUUUAUUCUACUGUGUUCAGGAUUCGUGUAUUUAACUAUUACUACCUGGCUUCACAUCACCAGACUGAUGCGUAUAGCCUUCUUUUCAGUGGCAUGUUAUUUUGCCGUUUGACUCCUCCUUUAUGUCUUAAUUUCUUGGGUUUGACCCACAUGGAUUCAUCCAUCUCUCACCAAAAUACACAGCCAACUGCUUAUACAUCUAUUAUGGGUUCCAUGAAAGUUUUAUCCUUUAUUGCAGAUGGGUUCUAUAUAUAUUAUCCUAUGUUGGUGGUAAUUCUCUGCAUUGCUACGUAUUUUAGCUUGGGAACUCGUUGUUUGAAUCUACUUGGUUUCCAGCAGUUCAUGGGAGAUAAUGAUAUGACAUCAGACUUAGUUGAUGAAGGAAAAGAAUUAAUCAGACGAGAGAAGAGAAAAAGGCAACGACAAGAAGAAGGUGAAAACAGAAGAAGAGAAUGGAAAGAGCGUUAUGGACACAGUAGAGAAGAUUCCACUAGAAACAGAAAUGUUCAUGUUGACCCAAAAGAAUCAAACUUCUCAGAAAUGAGUACCAACCGAUCGACAUCUAAAUAUACCAGGGCUAAUAACAGGACUGAGAGGGACCGAAUAGAACUUCUUCAGGAUGCGGAACCUUUGGAUUUUAAUGCAGAAACAUUCACUGAUGACCCUCUUGAAUCUGAAUCAGGAAGAUCAUUUCUUUAUCCACCUUUCAGGUAUCAGCCUGGUGGACGAUACCUCUCAAUGUCUCGCAGCAGAAUAUUCGAUGAUGUUUAAAGUCUGUAGGAAUUUCUGGAAUAGCUAACCAAGAUCAACAAACAAGUUCAGUCUUUAUGAACAUCCGUAUGCUCUAGAAUUUACUACUGAACUCCCAGUGAAAAGUGUCGGAUAAAAAAGGCACUAAAAAUUAAUCAGAUCUUAGUCAUAAUGGCUUAUUAUUCAUUGAAUAUCGUCUUUAUUUCUAAAAGGAUUUGUUGCAUACCAUUCCUGAAAUGUCUGCCUUAGAAGUACAGUUAGAAUGGAAGGAUUUAAUUCAUGAUCAAGAUCAGUAUAUAUUGAAAACAUGUAGUUCAGUUUGUUUCAGAUUAAUUUUUUCAGGAAAAAUUGUUUUAAAGAUUCAAGGAAGCCAUAGUUAAAACUGAGUAAUAUUAUAGUUUUAUUAUAGUGAUUUACGUAUUUGUUCUUUCUAAAAAAUAUGUUGAUCCUUUAUUUCCCAAAGAGAUGGAGACCUCAGUAAUAACCAUAUUUAUAAAACCCAUGUCUUAAAACAAGGCUUACUUACCAGACAUAACUGAAUGUAGAAAGCCCUUUUUCAACACUAUAUGCAAAUUAGUUAGGUUUUUGCAUGUAUAUUUAAGAGUAUACUUCAACUGAUAGUGUUUGUAUCUUCAGCAUGUGUACUUUAAUCAGGUGGUGAAUUAUUCUUUCAGUCUUUGGUAGUAACUGCAAGUUGUCUUAUGCUUUUGGUAUUGCUUUGUAAAAGAUUUUCAUUUCAGAGAGGAAUGUUCACCUUUACCAUUUAAGUGAUUUAAGUGUUGAUCAUUCCAUUCAAGGAGAAUCAUAAUUUUUAAUGGUAAAUAGUGGGGUUUUGGUGCCUCAGAUGGUAAAGCGUUUGCCUGCAGUGUGGGAGACCCGGGUUCGAUCCCUGGGUUGGGAACAUCCCCCUGGAAAAGGAAAUGGCAACCAGCUCCAGUACUCUUGCCUGGAGAAUCCCAUGGAUGGAGGAGCCUGCUGGGCUACAGUCCAUGGGGUCGUAAAGAGUCGGACAUGACUGAGUGACUUCACUUUAAUAGCCAAAGAGUCCCACAAAAUUCUCCACUGUUAAAAGGUGGCUGUUUAUUCCUUGUGAAAAAGAAUAUCUGGUUAUUUAAAGAUAAAAAGUGAGUCCAUUUACUGUUACUGCUAACACUUAAAUUGUGGUUUAUAGAAAACUACUUUAGAAUGGAGAUAUGUAAGAACUUGUUGCUUAAACAUGUUAUCAUUUUAAGUUGAGUUUUUAAAAUUUUGUGUUUAAACCAAAGUUACAUAUUACAUUUUAAAUCAUCAGUGUUUUAUGCACAGUGACUAUAGUUCAGCACAUUUUGCAAAAAGAGUUGUUUAUGUCCCUGAAAUAUUUGCAACUCUUUGAGAAUCCAUACCAUGGGUUCACCCAGUGGUGACUGUACUUGAGCUUCCCCACGGCCAUCUUAGUUUCCCUUGAUCCUAAAAGUAGUGCUCAUUUUCACUCUUAAGUAUUCCAGUUUGAGGAUGAAUUAUAUAGUCACCUGACAAUUUGAUUAUAUGUUUCUUAAAGGUCAUUUUUCCCUGAAUCAUAAUUUUAAAUGUUUUAUUUCUCUCUUUUCUUGGUGUUACCAUGUAAAUAUGUUAGAAGCCAGUUUUAGGCAGAUACUAAAAGGAUAGUGUUAUCAUCCUAAUUAUCUUAUUUUCUUAAAUUUUUAUCAUCUUUAAGAUUAGAUCCCUUUUAAAAUAAUUAUCAGUCAAUAGAUUUUCCUCUAAAUCGAAAUUAUAUAGACUACCCAUUUAAGAAGACACACACACACAGCCUUUUAUUGUGAAGCAUGGUCAGAGAGCAAUAGGCCAAGAGCACAGAUAAUUUAACACUAAUUUCAUGACUGACCAUUGAAACCUUGGGCAAAUCAGGUAACCUUUCUGUGCCUCAGUUUCUUCAUUUUCAAAAUGAAGAGGAUACUUGCUAUUUACCUACUGAUCUACCUCACAAAGAAGUUGUGAGGGUAUUGAGUUGAUGUUUAUAUAGUGGCGUUUAAAAAGACAAAAUAAGUUAAUAGCUAUGCUGGUUUUCCACACAAGUGGUAUUUGAAGAUACUAGAUAGGAAACGGAUCACCCCAGAAAGUGGUCCAGUUUCUUAUUAUUACAGAGAAGCUUACAAGUUCCCAAAGCAAAAACUCUUUCUGGAGUAAGUAAUCAAAAUCCUGUGAAAAUAAUAUUGUUUUCUUAUUUAGUCUUUGAGUUUACUUUGGAAUAUGUUCCUUAAGUAUAAUGUUGUUUCUCAUAGGUUUUAUCAUGAAACUCAGAUGCUAUUGUAGAAGUAGAAGCAGAAAAAGAGAAGAAAUGAUCCAGUUACUUUUAUAAUUUAUAAUACUCUAAGAUAUAUUGAUAGAAAUAUGUAAAAGAUGUACUACUUUAUUUUAUUAUUAGUUUUUUAAAUGAUUAUAAUAAUUGGAGUGUAUGUAAUACUUCUAUAAAACAGUAUAGAUCCCCUUUAUGACUUUUGAGUUAUUUCCAAAAUAAUUUUGGUUGUUUAAGUGAUCCAGAGUAUUCAAUUGUUUAAGCAGAAUUUAUGUUACAGGAUUUCAUAUAUGAUCAUAUAGGAAGAUUACCUGGCUGGGUAAUUUUGUGUUUGGAAGUUAAUUAUUUAAUCCCUGAAGUCUUAAGAGUUUAUUGCUGGGGAACUAAGUUAAUAUUUGUUAAGCAACUUUGUAAAAACUGUAAUAUGAACAAAAGCUUUCUGUUUUGAGAAUCUUACUAAAAUGACAUCUACUGCAAAACAUUACUACUAAAUUCAUAUACUUUACAUGCAAAGUACAUUUCUUGAAGAAUUACUUCUGACAAUUACUUUUUGAGUGUUUCUUAUAUUGUAAUAGAUUCCUAGUUAAACUUUCUAAAUUAUUUUUCUAAAUAAUUGUUAAAAUAUUCAGUAAGCCAGUGUUUAGUAAGCCAUUGCAGAAAAUAACAAUUAGUAAUCUGUUAAUUUCAUGGAUCUGUAAGUUGCUAUUAACUUAUGUUAUUACAUCAAUAAUUUGUUAUUAUUAGAACUUUUAAAAAAAGUCAUUAUUAAAAUAAGACUAAUUAUUAGAAUUUGUUCUCUUACCAGAUGAACAGGGACUUUGGAAUAAUUUCAUUAUACUAGAGGCCCUCAUUUCACAAGAGUCAUAAGAACUAAAUAAGAACUUUCAAGGGUUUUUAAUUUAUAAAGAAUAGAUCAGAGGAUUGGACAAUCAAAACUUUUUUAAAAAUUGCUGCCAAUUUGUUUUCAGACACUACUAUUUGAUUAGAUUAUCAGUUCUUAAAUGUAUGCUGGUUGUAUACCCAAAUGAAAUUAAAUGUGGAUAGGAAAGUCUGUGUUUUUUUAAGUAUAUUUUAGAAUAUUAAUGAAGGAAUUCAUUGAUAUACAACAGCAAACCUCAUUUUUGUAUACGUGUAGUACAUUUAGAGAAUGUUCUUGAUUUUUGUGUAGAUUACUGUUUUAAAGGAAAAAUAAACUCUCCAUAAUUUUAAUUCACACUGUUCAGUAAUGUGAGUUUUAUAUUUGUGAUUUGUGUGGGCCAUGCCUGAAAAUCACAAGGAUAAAUAUAUUUGCACUAAGAGGCAGAACAUAUCCCUGAGAAAUCUUAACGUACUUGAAUCUCCAAAGUGUAAUGGAUAGUAUUUAUUAAGGCCUAAAUGUUAAUAAGUAAAUGGAUUUAGACUUUUAUCUUUCCUUUCUUUUCUCCCUUCCUCCUUUCAUUCCUUUUAUACCUUCCUUCCUCUCUGAAGCCUGUCUUUAUAGUAUGGCUUAUAAUGAGCUGACAUAUUUUUCUUCCGUUUGGUGUAUACAGUUGUUUUUGAUGGUUAGUACACUCAAAAGGUGGUAGUUCUGACUACAGAUCCCACUACUUGAAUGGUAGUAUUGCACUUAAAGUAGUACAACAGAUUUUGCUAGACAACCAAGCAACAUCUGGAUGUAAAUAUGAGGGAUACUAGCUCACUGUGUUGGCCUUUUCGCCACUAAGUAGGACUCUUCAGUAAAAUGAAAUAUUCUCAGUGUAGAUGUUUUAGCAUAAAAUUGCAUUUCUAAAACAAGUGAUUUUUAAAAACAAGCAAACAAACCCCAAACAUUAAAAACCUUGAGACCUCAUUUUAUGAAAAGGAGUUUGUAAAUAACAUCCAUCAUGUCAAAGUUUUCAUUAGAAGAGGUUGAAACAAUCUAAGAGUGUUACAGGGAGCCUUCUGAAAUAUUAAUUCCCUUUGUGUGGGUUACUUCUUUUCAAUACAGUGACUUAUUUUUCUGCCCAGAGACCUGGAAGACUAAGCAGUCUUAUUCCCUGUUCUAACUCUGGAGACCAGGUCCUGUGAGCCAUCACUGGCAUCAGAGCAGCUAUUAGCCCUGCCCAUCCCAAUCCUGUUGCAGUGGAAACACACCCACACUCCUAACUCCUUUUAUGUUCAGCUUGGUUUUCCUAUCAUUUAUAUCCAUUGUGGUAGAUUGAAGCCUCAUCGCAAUUUUAAAUUUGUUAAUGAAACAAGAAUAAUGGCAUGUUCCUCUUCUCAUAGAUAUCCUAAAAGACUUUUGUUUUUAACACAUUCCCUGGAGAGAAUUAACCUUUUUUCCUAUGAAAAUCUUUUCUUUUGUGGUUAUCCUGAUCUCACAUCAUUUUGCAAAAGGAGAUUUUUACUGUACUUAGUGGAAAAGAGUAGAAAGAAUGGUUUACUCUGGCAGACAUAUGUAAAAUAAAGUCAUAAUUUGUUAAUCUGACUGUACAACAACAUUUUGAAUUGGUAUUAUUGACACAAAUCUUAUCAAUCUAGUCACUUAGAGCUGUAUUUCUCUAAAGAAUGCUGGCUAGCAUCUUCCCUACUUGGUACGCCAAAUCGUAGGGGAGAGACUGUAUUUUUUUUUGUUUUUUUAAGCAAUCCAAUGGAUUUGUUUUUGUCCAUAUUUUGUAAAAAACUUGAACUUUUCUCAUUUCGAAGAUAGAGAACAUGUGGACCUAUCUUUUAAAUAAUUGUAAUCUAAUAUAUAUAUUUAUAAAUUAUAGCAUUGGAAAAAGAGCUCUAAUAAUGAUGUUGUUACUUCCUGGUAUUUAAUUUUUGUAAAGUUUUUUGUAAGUAACUAAUUGUAGUUAUUACUUUUAAGUAGUUUAAAAAUCUUUCUCAAAUAAGUUCUGCCCAGGACUUAUUUCCUUGGGUCAAUAUUCUAAAGUUCAGUAGUCUGGUAUGAGUUUGAAAUAUUCCUACAUCUCUUCAGUAUCUUUUUAUAUAUACCAGUACUCAAGCAAAGUAUACCAAAAGCCUAAGUUCUGUGUUGCAUUAAUAAAGUGCUUGUUAUUUAUCUAAUUCAGUGGAUUAAGUGAAGUAGAGAGUAAGUCUUUUCAAAUGUGCGUCUGAUCAUAAACUUCAAAAUGUUUAUUAUGUUAAUUUUUGGUGCAUGAUGCCAAAUUUAUCCUUAAUCAGCCACUACUACCUGGUUGUUGUUUAGUUGCUAUUAAUAAGUUGUGUCUGACUCUUUUUGCAAUCUCUUGGACUGUAGUCUACCAGACUCCUCUGUCCAUGGAGUUCUCCAGGUAAGAAUACUACCUGGUAUGUAAUGAUAAAUGUUUCCCUUUCUGAUCAAUGGUUUGUAGAUAUAACUAUUUUUCUCUGCAGAUUCUCACUAAAUAUGUAUUUGAAAAAAACCUGCAAAGUGCUACCUGUAAUUAAGUUAGCAUCUUUUGCCUUAUCUAUGCAUAAUGUUCUCUCAGUUUGGUUUUGACAGACUCAUGGACUUGGAAUUGCUUUGUAGUAUUUUAACUUAUUGUAAUGUAAUGAAUUUUUUGAGAUGUUUAUUUGAUUAGCUGUUAAAAUAUAGGAAAUUAUGUAGCUUUGCAUGAAAUAAAGUACAUUUCUACAAGUUA